GUGCGACACACCUUUUCCUGUCUAGUGAGUUAGUGUGCUGUGGCAGGUCCGUAAGGACGCACACCGAUCAAGAACCGCAAUAGUAAAAGCACAAGAUCGAGAGAGGGAUAUCUUUUGCGCUAGUGACGUGGCUAUAAAAAGCAAACAAAUGUUUUAGUUCUCGUCUUCUUUGAUUCUGUAUAGUGCAGCUCAACAACAUCCCUGUAAAAUCAGUAAGAGUGUGUACCAGUGCGAUGUGACUGUAACAAUUGUCAAAGCUAAAGAUCUGAUCGUGGCAGGAAACAAAAUUGCUUGCUUCUUCUUAACGUUUGUACCUAAAAUCGUCUGCGUGUGUGUCCAUAAGUGCGUUUGAGUGCGUAUAGUGCGGCAUCUAAGCCGUUAGUGUGUGUGUGUGUGCGUGUGUAGAUGCGUGUCCCUUAUUCGAUAUAUUUUGUGCGGUGGAGAUUCGCAAAUGUGUGUGUGAUCAUCUCCCGGUUGAUGUGCGAACGCGUGUAGUUGCUGUGUAAUUUAAAGUGUCUGCUAAAAAUCCUGAGCAUCAAAAAAGGUCGCACCAGUACCUGCACUGGGCCUGUAGAACCCCGAAUCGUGGCCACUGAAGCUCAAAAUCGAACCACCGUGGCCGCUGUUCCGUUGGUUGGUGGAUGUGUCACGAGAAGUUGUUAAAAAUAAGCUUCCCAGAACGCCAUUUCGGACACACUUGCCCAUUCUCCGCAAACUGACGAUCGGGAGAGUGCAGCACACCCACACAGCGACGAAGGUCUGGGCAAGAAGAUCCACCGUAUCCUGAAUCUCACAAAACACAUCAUCUCCAUUGCUCCGUUCGAACGAGCAAAAGCCCGGUGGUAGAAAGUGAGGAGCAGAGCAGAGUGGUAACAGUAGUAGUAGUUCGUCAACAACCUGCGCUUGACCAACGUUCGUUACAUCCCCCCGCUAUCCUGUGUGUUUAUGUGCCAUAACAGCAGCAGUGCAGUCAUCGCAAGAACAAGAGCUGUGCGGGCACGUGCUUAGCGACCGAGUCAAGGUGUGAUCGAGAUACAGUUGCGGUGUACCGGAACAUAAGACCACCACCACCAGCCAUGACCAGCAUAUUAACCGCGCCGGGCAAGUACCGCUCGCGGAAGGACUACAGCACCGGUUCGAUCCCAACGCUAGUAUCACUGGACGAAGAAUCUAGUCUCUCGACAACGACGACGACCUCGGUCUGCAGCGAUACCGUGCUGCUGCAGAGCCUGCGUACAGCCGGCAGUAGCAGCAUCAAUACGGCAGCCAGCAGCACCGCCAAUGGCAACAGUAGCCGAAGCAGCAGCAGCAGCAGCAGUAGUAGUAAUAUGAACAUCAAGAACGGACUCGCCACAAAGCCGCCGAGGCGCAGCUCGCUCGGGCUGGCCCUGCUCGGAGGCGGAGGUUCGCGCAACUCCUCUAGUAACGCCACAGAGAAGAGCAACAAACGGCGCAGCUCGAUCGCUGUCGUCUUUCUCGGUGGUGGGCGCAAGGACUCGAAAGCGUCCUCCAGCAGCUCACCGUCGGCAGGCAACGGACAUCACCAUCAUCAUCACAACGGGCAUUCGAUCAGCACGAUCCCGGAGAAGUACAGCAAGACGGGCGAAUCGGACAUUGAGAACGACUCACCCAACACGGACACGUUCGUGAUGUUGGGCGAUACGGAGGGAACGAACGGUGGAGCACUCGAGCAGCAAGACUCGUUUGGCAGCGCGACGAGCGGCCCGCCAGGAUACGACAAAAAGCGCCGACGGUCCUCGUCCUGGCAGACCAAGCUGGAGCGCCGACGUCGCAAGGGCAUGAUGGCGUCCAUCGACGGUGGUGACACGCUGCAGCAAGAUUCGGCCAGCUUUAGCAGCUUCGGUUCGGCGCACGGUCUCGACUCGUCACCGUACGGGCCGGGUGGCAAAUAUGGGCGCGAAAAGCGUCACUCCUGGUGGAACAUCUUCGUGCCGGAUAAUCUCAAGCAAAGGACUCGUAGAGCUAGUCAGGAUGUGAUACUGUCGAAAAGCUCCGAUACACUCAGUAGCCCGCCAUACCGAAGGAGCAAAUCCAGGAGUGUCGAUCAUGGACUGGCCGCACCGUUCGAUCUAGACUCGCUGCGCUCAAAGGUUGAGGGUAGAUUCGAAAGCAUCGAUCGACUAUCAAAAGAUGGCGAAAAGAAGCGCUCGAUGCCCACGAUACCCACCAUUACGUACACAGUGAAGGACCGGGACACACUGACAUCGGUGGCGGCCCGCUUCGAUACGACCCCGUCAGAGCUGACGCAGCUGAACCGUUUGGCCAGUUCGUUCAUCUACUCCGGGCAGCAGCUGCUCGUGCCGGACAAAAAUGCCAAAGCGAGCGCGGAUGGCGAGUCCGAUGCUAGCACGGAACGUUCCUCCAACAGUCCCACCGAUGGUCGCCGCAAGGGCUCACAGGAAGAUUUGUCCCAGGACGAAAAAGAUUUGCUGGAAGGACUUCGCCCGGGCUCGCCGAAGCCGGGCCACAUCGAGCGUGUCGCCUCACCGAACACACAGAGCGGUGGCGCCGGCGGCGGUGGCGGAGGCGGUGGUACUGCCGGCACGGCGGCCGGCGGUGCCGAUGACGACGAUCCCGUCACCAUCCAGCGCUUCCUGAAGAUUAACGUGCGGCACAUCACCGACGGGCAGGGUGUGGUGGGUGGCGUACUGCUCGUCACCCCGAACGCCGUCAUGUUCGAUCCGAACGUGUCGGACCCGCUAGUCAUCGAGCACGGGCCGGAAAGCUACGGCGUGAUUGCGCCGAUGGAGUUCAUCGUGAACGCGGCCAUAUUUAACGACAUUGCCCAUAUGCGCGUGCAGGGUGCGACCGGUGGCAACGAGACGGCGGAGAAGGCCGAAAUCUACCAUCCGGUGCCGGUGGAGAAACCGUGCUCGCGCUGCGACACCCACUCGCCCGGCAAGGAUUCGCUGCUGGUGAAGGACGAAACGUUCCCGGAGCUGGGCGUCGGCUCGGUGGAAGGGUGCGACGAUCAGGAGUCGAUCUGCUCGAGCAACGAGCGGGACGGGGACGCAUUUCCGAAAGCGUUCGAGCGGGACCUGGUGACGCCCAACAACCUGCAGCGCCUGCACGGCGACUCGACGGAGAGCGGCGGCAGCUCGGUGGAGCCGAAAGCGUCCUCCACCGAGCCGCCCCUCUUCCUGUCGUACGAUCGUGACUCCUCCCAGUCUCACACGCCCAACUCCCUCGACCACAGUGCCGGUGCUUCGAACGAGCAGCAGCAGCAGCAGAAGCAGGCAGGCGAUAAGACUGACCAAACCAAGACCAACAGUAUCUUAGAGGAUCCCACCAUGCGCUCCCUGGAGGAGCGGCGGAGAAGCCUACUCGACCAGCACUGGGCAAUCCCCAGCAAGGACAGAUUAAAGUGUUAUUGCGAUCAAUCAUCAUCUCGAAGAUCUCUGGACGACGAGGAGGCGGCAAGCACCGGCAGCGGAGCUACGGCCACAUCCUCCUCCACGGCUGGCGCCGGCUCGAUCGGCGGUGGUGCAACGGGAGGCGCCCACGGUGCCCACCACGCCCCGAUAGCGCCGAUCGCCGAGGCAGCCGGUGACGGGCAGCUGGUGAAGCAGUCGUGCCACGAUUCCGGCAUCGAUAUCCGUGACCCGGCCCACGGCUCCUCACUGACGACGGGUGCCACCGGGGGCAGUGGCAGCAGUGCGGCCAGCUCGGUCGCCAGCAUCCCCAUUGUGGCGCCGAUCGCAGCGAAAAAAGUGUACAGCGAUGCGGACAUCGUGCUGAGCGCGGACUGGGUCCCACCGCUCACGAUUGCACCGACCCACCUGCACGACAGCUCGCCACGCAGCAGCAGCUCGCUGGUGUCGUCCGCACACCAGAGCACCCUGUCCACGCUGACGUCCGAUGCCGGUGGCCGGAAGAAGACGUCCAGCGUGAGCUUCAGCGUGGACGAGCACGAUGCGCACGGUGCUACCGGUCCGGCCGGAUCCGGAUCGCUCGAUAAGGGUGGCGAAACGAAAAAGAACAAGAUGCUAAAGCGGCUCUCCUACCCACUGGCCUGGGUUGAAGGAUUAACGGGCGAAGGUGGUAGCAGCAGCCACAAGUCAGAUUCGAUUGAAUCAGCACCCAACACCGGUGACUCUAAUCAGAGCGUAUUUUCAAAAGUAUUUUCCAGCUCACCCAUCACAUUGGUUUCGGAGCUGGGCGGAAAUUUGUUUUUGUCCAAGACGCCAUCGGAAGACUCCGGGGGCUCGCCGGUUCCGCCACUGACACCGCACGAGGCGCAAACAGGGGGGUCGGUUACGGCCGGACGAUCAUCGAUCGGUACAUUCAUUCGCCAGCAUCCCUCUGAGGGUAGCGCGAACAAGCAGAAGCCGGCGCCACCGAAACUGGACUACCGUUCAAUGGUGUCCAUCGACGAUAUGCCAACACUGUUCGUCAGCUUUGAUAUGAAGGCCCCAUUGUUUCCUCAACUUGAGAAACUUGAGCUUAUCCCACGACCGGCCCGAGCUUGUCCGGACCCACCGAUGUACCUUCGGUUGCGCAUGGGACGCAAGAUCGGCAAGAACACACCGCUGCCGACGACGGUAAUGUCCUACGGCAAAAACAAGCUGCGUCCCGAGUAUUGGUUUAGCAUUCCAAAAAAUAAGGUUGAUGAAUUGUAUCGCUUCUUGAAUGCCUGGGUGCAACACCUGUAUGGUGAGCUGGAUGAAGCUGCCAUCAAGGAACGAGGUUUUGAGCUCAUCCAAAUGGAUACCGAAUGGACGGCGAAAACUGGCAGUCCGUCGAAGGACGGUCGUUCUGCCAGUGAAGGCGAAAUCUCCGAGUAUACACGUGAAUCGUGGGAGCUGCUAAAGGCACCGUUCGUUAAAACCUACAACAUAAUCAAAAGUCAAACUGGAUCGAACGAUUUGGACGGUUGUGAGGUUCUGUCUAUGAGCACAGAUGACUACAGAAAAGCGACCCUGUUUGCGUCUGGUUCGUUCGAUCAGGACUUCCAGAUUCCGGACCUCGUCGGUCAGACCGAGAUCCUCAGCGAGGAGCACAGGGAAAAGCUGUGUGCUCAUCUACCGGCACGUGCUGAGGGAUACUCGUGGUCUCUCGUGUUCAGCACCUCACAGCACGGCUUUUCGCUGAACUCGCUCUACCGCAAGAUGCACAAGCUAGAGAGCCCCAUACUGAUCGUGAUAGAGGAUACGGAUCACAAUGUGUUUGGUGCGCUCACGUCCUGCUCGCUGCACGUGUCGGACCAUUUCUACGGCACCGGCGAAUCGCUGCUGUACAAAUUUAAUCCACACUUCAAGGUGUUCCAUUGGAGCGGCGAGAAUCUGUACUUCAUCAAGGGCAACCCGGAAAGCUUGGCGAUCGGUGCCGGAGACGGCAAAUUUGGCCUUUGGCUGGAUGGCGAUCUGAAUCAGGGCCGAUCGCAGCACUGCAGCACGUACUCGAACGAGCCGCUCGCACCGCAGGAAGAUUUCGUCAUCAAAACGCUCGAAUGCUGGGCCUUUGUUUAAAGCAACUACAGCUCUUCAAGGAAGAUGUACCGGGGGACAAACCAUACAUUGUUCUGGUGGUAUAAGAAACCCUCUAAAACCAAGCUUCAAGCCCCCCCCCCCCCCUUCCCGCAUAUAUGCAUUCACACACACACAUGCACACACCGUAGGUACUGUACGAUCGUCUACUACUGCUACCCCCUAUAGCAGGGUGGUUAGAUCCUCAAGUAGGGAGUUGGUCGUUCGUUGGCAUGAAUGGAAUGAAAAGCUCGUUUUGAAUCGUCGCAUAGUCGGAUUGUAUUCACUACCGGGAUUUUCCCCAGAUCUCGCAAACCUCGUGGAAAGCGAUGCUAGGUCGUGUGUAUGUGUGUGUGUGGGUCGGCGUGUGACGUUUACCGAUCGGUGCAGAUCGGCGCUUGUGUGUUGCUUUUGCGCCCGUACGGUGAUCAAGCGGACGACAAGCCCGUAGGCGUAGGGUGGCGGCACGGAGUGCAAACAUUCAAAUUACAAAACAAACAAAAAAACAACAACAUAGUGAUAAUGUAGCAAGAGCAGCAGAAACACGUUUACUGUAGACUGUAAGACUAAAGCGAGACAGAGACAGACGGAAAGUAAUCCCCAAUCAUUCUCUCCCAGCCCUCCCCCCCCCCCCCCACCAUUUCUCUCCCAUGCAUAUUGCAAACAAAAAAAAAAGAAUAAAUGUUGUUAUAGUGUAGCCUGAGCCUGGAGCAUAAUUAGCAAAAGCGAUAGAAAUGAGACUUUAGCAAGAGGGAAGAAGAAAGAUGGUGCGCGGAAGGUAUAUAGAUAUAUAUUUAAAGAAGAUAAGCAAACAAACAAAAAACACAAACACAUACACACAGAGGAGAAAAGAAAAUUGUAACCAAGAAAGGAUCAAUUUGUGCGCGCAGUGAUGAUGUAAUGUCGGAAGCGUAACGGAGAAACAAGCAAGAAGUCGGAAGCCCAAAAGCGGAAUGGAUGCAGAAGCACAGAAACGCAUAACUAUUAAACUCUAUCACCAAGACCAUAGUAGUUGAAUAUCUAGACUUUAUCCCCUACUUUAUCCCUUUUCGGAAAACACACACAGACCCACAACAAUCGCCUCCCCCCGAGCAAAGCGAAUUAUUAGGACAAAGCGUGCAAAAGUUAAUCGAGCGUGCAAUGGUGUGAUGCUUCUAACGUGGCAUCAUCCUACAGAUACACACACAAACACACCACACCAGUUAAUUAAGGUGCAAUAGUAGGGCACCCACCAGUAGCAGCAAGUGAAUGUUGGUUCAUAUAUCCCGGUUUAGGAUAAAAAAAGAAGGGAAAAUUGUCUUUAGAUGGUGCUUUACUAGAAGAGUAGUGUUUGCAUGGCAGCGUACAGCUAGCGUACCGUGCUUUUUUUGUCGCUGUAUGUGUGUGUGUGUCCGGUGUUUGUUUUGCCUAGUGGUCAUGUCAACCCGUGUGUUAGAGUGGAGUGGAGCAGGAAGAGAAAGAGCCUUAGCUCUUAGCUAGCACAGCGGAAGAAGCGCAUGUGCGGUGUUGGUAGUGCGGUGCAGCAGGGAAGUAGCACAAUGAUGCAGUUCCUCAAAAGCAAAAUCAAACUCUCUUGUGCACCGCACACACACACACCCAGAUUGUUCCUGUCGAAAGGCGGACGUGUGUGUGUGCGCAUGCUCUAAACGCCAUUUACCAUUGGGAUAUCACUCUGCUGCAUCACAUUUUACACAUCAAGAAAUUCAUCGGUUGUUUUCGUAGAUUGUUAUACAACACACACACACACACCAGAUCACUAAGUUGAUGUGAUUUGAAUGUGCAAUUACCCCCAAUGUGCUUCUCAUUCUCUUUCGCCCACCUGCUUGCUGGAUGAAAUUUGAAACCACUGUGUUUCGAACGUUCUUGCUCUGUGUUGUUAUGCGAUUUGCUUGCAACCAAGCGUACGCUAAGAGCAACGUAGUAGAGCAAGACAACAUUAACGAAUGAGCCUCUCUAUUGUUGAUUGAACCGUUUUUUUGUUUUUGUUUUUGUUUAAGUAAACACAAGAAGAUGAAGUAAAAAAAACCGUCGACAAACGAAACCGACAGCAGCGCACACGUUUACUACAAUCCAUUGCGCCAAAGCACGAAGAAGAAACGAACAGAACAACUUGUACUUGAAAGUCGAUCGAUUGUUUUUUGCUGCGGAAAAUUAUCUACCAAAGCGAACGGGCGCGCGAACACAGCCGCAAGAAGCUGCGUUCAGAGAAAGAGAGAGAAAACAAGCUAAGAGCAAAUAUUUACAAACGCAAACAAACAAAGUCACGCAAAUUGUGCGAGUGCGGUGGAUGCGUGAAAUCUAGCGUAAGUCAGACGGAUUUAGUUGAUCGGGCAACAACUGUGUAUUGUUUUGCUGUUUUUUUUUUUCGUUCAUUUAAUUCCCGCUUUUAUUUAUUACUUAUGUUUUCCCUUCUUACUAUUGGUGCGGCAAUUGGUUUUUGGGCCACUGAUUCGAGCUUUCCUUUCUCUCUCCUACGAAAGAGGACUAGCGAGAAAGUUGGCAAUUUGGCGAUAGAAAACACACCCAACACAAAUCAGUAGUACAAACACACACACACACACACACACACACACACACACACACACACACACACACACACACACACACACAAAUCGAAUCCAUUCGGAAAGUCAUUUGUAUGGUUGCCCCAAACCAUCGCCUAAAGUGUGCGUAAAUUAUUUUGGGAGCAAAGAAAAAGGGGGAAAACAGCUUUUUCCGCUAACUUUUCAUGCCUAAUUGGGCGAGUUGAUUGUGAAGAGCAUUGAGCAAAACCGGCGGGGAACCGCUGUAAAUGUUACUAUUUCUUAUUGAUUCGAUUCUGAUUCGGCAUUUCGCAUUCCCGCACGCUGUUCAUUCGACACUUUGUGAUAUUUACUCUUUCUCUGUUUGUUGUUUUGUCUUUUUUUCUCUUUUGUUUUUUCCUGUUUUCCAACCUUUUUCUUUUUCUACAAUUACAUUCUGUUGUGGUUUUGUUUGUGUGUGCGUGUGUGUGUGUGCAUGUGACAAAAUGCGUUUUCUGUCGUACUCUUCAGUACACACAAAACCACUCUUAUUUAUUAAACACACACACACGCAUUCAGUUUGAUAUUACGGUUCGUUCUGUUCUUGGUAGAUGCAAGUUGGUAGAUGCGCUCUUCCACGAGGGUUGUUAGGACGAUACAAAAACAAUUAAUAUACUGCUCCCGCACUCCAAACAUAAAUAUUCCCUUCCCAAUCUAUCCCCUUUUUGAGCUGAUUGAUGUUUUGUGUGUAUUAUUUUACGUUUAAUAUAUAUGUAUGUAGCCGUUACUCGAGUCAAAACCCCCUUUACCCUCCCUCCCCCGCUACCCUUUCCAAUUGUUAAUAUUUUAACAAACUUUAUAUUUAAGACAGUAAAACGCGCGUCUACAACACGUUUAGUGUGUGUGUGACGGGACAAGAAUAAAUUCAUUCAUUUUAA